GUGCCGCAGCUCUCCUCUUCCGGCUCCUGCGAGGGCGGAACCGUUGCUGCGGGCCGCGGGACGCGCGAGAACUGAAGUGCGGCGCGCGGGAGCCGCCAUGGCCGCCGGCUGCGGGGAAGAUCCGUCCCUGGAGAGACACUUCAAAGGCCACAGAGAUGCUGUCACUAGCGUGGACUUCAGUCUCAAUAAGAAACAAUUGGCAAGUGGCUCAAUGGAUUCGUGCCUGAUGAUCUGGAAUAUGAGACCUCAGAUGAGAGCCUAUCGCUUUGUGGGCCACAAAGAUGCAGUGAUGUGUGUUCAGUUUUCACCUUCUGGUCACCUUGUGGCUUCAGGCUCUAGAGACAAAACAGUCCGUUUAUGGGUUCCCAGUGUCAAAGGAGAAUCUACUGUGUUCAAGGCUCAUACAGCAACUGUAAGAAGUGUUAAUUUCUCCAGUGAUGGCCAGUCCUUAGUUACAGCUUCCGAUGACAAAACAGUCAAAGUGUGGACAGUUCACAGGCAGAAGUUUCUGUUCUCACUCAGUCAACACAUAAACUGGGUUCGCUGUGCCAGAUUCUCUCCUGAUGGACGGUUGAUAGUGUCAGCCAGCGAUGAUAAAACUGUCAAACUGUGGGACAAAACCAGCAGAGAAUGUAUACACUCCUUCUGUGAGCAUGGGGGGUUUGUGAAUCAUGUGGAUUUUCAUCCCAGUGGUACCUGCAUUGCUGCGGCUGGUACAGACAACACAGUGAAGGUGUGGGAUGUUAGGAUGAACAGACUUCUCCAACAUUACCAAGUGCACAGUGCUGUGGUAAACAGUCUUUCCUUUCACCCCUCUGGAAACUAUCUGGUUACUGCUUCCAAUGAUUCAACCCUUAAAAUUCUGGACUUGCUAGAAGGAAGACUUCUGUAUACUCUUCAUGGUCACCAGGGGCCAGCUACCUGUGUUGCAUUUUCAAGAACUGGAGACUUACUUGCCUCUGGAGGUUCUGAUGAACAGGUGAUGGUCUGGAAGACUAACUUUGAUGCGGCAGAUUAUGGUGAUGUACUGAAAACCCAGAAGCCUGGCACGAGUUCCGUCAUCCCAGAAGAUGGAACACAUCAAACUCUGCCAUCAGAAAUGGACUGUGGUAUUCAUCUUAAGAAAACAAAAACUCAGGAUUCUGGUGGGAACCGUGAGCAACAGGAGGAGGAGACCAGUCUUGCAAAUACCUUGGAGCAUAUUAUGGGACAGCUGGAUGUUCUGACUCAGACUGUUUCCAUCCUGGAGCAGAGGCUGACACUCACUGAAGACAAGCUGAAGGAAUGUCUUGAGAAUCAGCAGAAAAUCAUUCAGAACAAAACGAGCUGAUUUCCUGAGAGAAGACAGGAGCUGGAGGCAUUGGGAGGUUUGAGGUUGCUUGUUUCCUGACAGACUGUGUGUGACUUGCUUUAAGGACUUGGAGCGCGAUCUAUUUUUCAAUUGGAAUGUACAGUGAUUGUAAAUAAGCUUUGUUACUUUACUAAAAUAAAAGUAAUAUUUUAUUCAUAA